AUGGAACUGAGGGAGGCAAAAGAAGCAGAAGGGAAAGAAAGAGAAAUAGUUGAGCAGGCAGAUGUAUUUGCAGCUGUAGAGGCCGGGAUUGCUACAGUAAGUAACAGUACCACUCUUAAUCACGUAAAAAUAGAAAAAAAAGAAAUAUCAGAUUUGAAACCUUUGCCAACUGUAGCAACCGAUCCAGAACAAAAAGUGAUCGGCCACAUUCAAUUCCAACAGUUUCCCAAUUGUCCUGUGAGGGCCACUGGCAUUGUAAAUAUAUUUGAUCCUUGCAGUCCCCAAUGCGAAUACGAUCGCGUUAGAACACACUACGAUAUCCAUGUACUCAGUGGUUUUCCACCUAAUAAACUCAUUAGUGUCGUCGAUCUGGAGGAUAUUGUGAGCGCCAAUGGUAAUCUUGAUUAUCCCUUCCAAGGUUUUACAGCUCUAACACAGCCUUUUGAAGAUCUCGGUAGCCUCAAGUGUGUAGUGAUGCUCGAAGAUCCAAAUGGUAAUGAAUCUAAUGAUAAAGUUCUUGGAUCUGCCCAAAUCCUCCCAGCUUAA